AUGUCGUGGCUCUUCGGCUGGAGGAAAGGCUCCGGGACGCCGCCGGCGGAGGAGCAGGCGGCGGCUGAAGGAGCACCGGGAGCACCGGGGGACAACAAACCCGGAGACAAGACACCCGGAGACAAAUGGAGCAACUUCGACCCGACCGGGCUGGAGAGAGCCGCACGAGCCGCCAGGGAGCUCGACAAGUCACGACAUGCAAAAGAAGCUUUGGAUCUGGCCCGCAUGCAGGAGCAGAGCGUACAGCUGGAGCAUCAGAGUAAAGUGAAGGAGUACGAAGCAGCUCUGGAGCAGCUGAAGGGAGAGCAGAUCCACCUCCAGGGGGAGGAGAGACGGAAAACACUGGCAGAGGAGACGAAGCAAAACCAGGCGAGGGCGCAGUAUCAAGACAAACUUGCCAGACAGAGGUAUGAUGAUCAGCUCAGGCAACAGCAAUUCCUCAACGAGGAGAACCUUCGUAAACAAGAGGAGUCGGUUAUGAAGCAAGAGGGCAUGAGGAAAGCUACCAUCGAGCACGAAAUGGAGCUGAGACACAAGAACGACCUGCUUCGGGUUGAAGCGGAGGCCAAAGCUCGUGCUCAGGUGGAGCGGGAGAAUGCAGAUCUGAUCAGGGAGCAGAUCCGCCUGAAAGCUGCUGAACACAGACAAACUGUCCUCGAAUCUAUACGGACGGCGGGAGCGGUGUUUGGGGAGGGAUUCAGGGCCUUCGUCUCCGACUGGGAUAAACUCACAGCAACGGUCGCUGGACUGACCCUGCUGGCAGCAGGAGUGUAUUCUGCCAGAAACGCCACGUCGGUGGCCGGGCGGUACAUAGAGGCUCGUCUGGGUAAACCCUCGCUGGUCCGAGAGACGUCCAGGUUGACGGUUGCAGAGGCCGUGAAACACCCAGUCAAGACAGCCAAGCGUCUGAGAAGCAGACCUCAGGAUGCCUUGGAGGGUGUGGUGCUCAGUGCGGCUUUGGAGGAGCGUGUGCGGGACAUUGCCAUCGCCACUCGGAACACCAGACAGAACCGAGGCUUGUACAGAAACAUCCUGAUGUAUGGACCCCCUGGAACGGGGAAAACCCUCUUCGCAAAGAAACUGGCUCUCCACUCAGGGAUGGACUUUGCCAUCAUGACAGGUGGGGACGUGGCACCCAUGGGGCGCGAUGGAGUCACUGCCAUGCACAAGGUGUUUGACUGGGCCAACACCAGCAGGCGAGGCCUCUUGCUGUUCGUAGACGAAGCUGAUGCAUUCCUGCGUAAGCGAGCCACAGAGAAAAUCAGUGAGGACCUCCGAGCCACCCUUAAUGCAUUCCUCUACCGCACCGGCGAGCAGAGCAACAAGUUCAUGCUGGUGCUUGCUAGUAACCAGCCCGAGCAGUUUGACUGGGCCAUCAAUGACCGCAUUGAUGAGAUCGUACACUUUGCCUUACCGGGUCUGGACGAGAGGGAGAGAUUGGUGCGCUUGUAUUUCGACAAAUUUGUGUUGGGCCCCGCCACUGCAGGAAGACAGAGGUUGAAACUGGCUCAGUUCGACUACGGUCUCAAGUGUUCAGACAUUGCAGUGCGAGCAGACGGCAUGUCGGGGCGUGAAAUCUCCAAACUUGGUGUAGCUUGGCAGGCUGCUGCCUACUCAUCUGAAGAUGGAGUUUUGACUGAAGCAAUGAUUGACUCAAGAGUGGAUGAUGCCGUCAAGCAGCAUGCACAGAAAAUGGACUGGCUGCUGAUGGAAGCAGGUAUGGGGGUUGGUAAGGUCGGCGUGCUCGUCCCCAAGGAAAUGGCUGCAGCAAUCACAGCGCAAGAAGGUGCUUCUCUAGCACAAGGUGAAGACACGACCCCGACUGUACAACAAGUUCUGCCGCUAUACGAGGUCAUAAGCAAUGCUGCCCAGGCAGAAACAGCCACUCCUCCUUCAGAGCUGCAAGCAGAUGUUAUCCUCCAAGAAGCUACCACUCUGGUUAAGGAAAGUGAAGCUGUUGCUCCAACAACGAUCUUGAAUGAACCAGUUGAGACGAUGGCUGCUGCUGCCCCGUUGGAGCAGGAGGUCGAGGCUGUCAAGGACCUGACCGUUGAGGUUCUAGAAACAGCUGCAGACACUGCUGUACCUGAAGUAAAGGAUAUAGUCACUGAGGCUAUCGAAACUGAAAGCACAGCAGCUUCCACCAUCCAAGAAGCCUCAGCCAUGAGUAAAGAAGAGCCCUCUGUUGAUUUAGUGCAAGAAACUGAGGCUGAAGAAGUGAUCAAGGAGAAGCAGGAGGUUGCUCCACAUGUUGAUGCAACAACAGUCUCUGCUGUUGCCCUGGAGAAGCAAUUAGACACUGUCAUCUCCAGUGUUGUCCAGGAGCCAGAAGCUACAGCAGCAGCACUCUCUCAAGACGCUGUUGUUCAGGAAACAGAGCCAGCAACCACAUCUGUUGAUGCCGGAGAAACUAAAGCCAGUAUAGCUGCAGAGGAAGCAACCACUGAUACAGUAAAGGUGGCAGAGGAAAUAGUCACCAAUGUAGCUCAGGUGACUGAGUCCUUGGUGAACAUUGUUAAGGAGGCUGAAUCUAUAGCAGCUGAUGUAGCCAAGGUGGCCGAUGCUGUAGCGACUGUCGCUGAGGAGAUGGAGGCAGUAGCCAUGAAGGAGUCUGAACCGGUGGAAAGCGUGGUUGUCACGGAUGCAAAAGAGGCUGCGGGAGGGUUGGAAGUAUCAGAGGUUACUCAACAAGCUGAAGUGGUUGUGACAGAGAUGGAAUCACAGAUAAUGGACGCAGAGAUUGUUAAGGAGGUCGAACCUGUGAUGUCUGAGGCUGCUGCCAGCGAAGCUGAAGCCAUGCCCAAAGAGAUUGCAGCGGAAACUAAAGCCGUAGCUUCAGAGGAAACCAAGGUGACUCCAACCACUGCCACAGAGUUGACUACAGAGCCUGAGACUUUGGCCACAGAAAGUGUCAAAGAACCUGUACCCCCAGAGAUUGCUGAGAAGGAAGCUGAACUUGUCACAGCAGAGGUUUCCAAGGAAGCAGAAGUCCUACCAGGUGAAGUCAUCUCAACAGAAACUGUAGUAGAAACUAAAGCCACAACCUUAGAGGAAUCAGAAAAGGCUCAGACUGCAGCUACAGAGGUUGCUGCCGAGGAGGCGAAGGUUUCCAAGGAAGCAGAAGUCCUACCAGGUGAAGUCAUCUCAACAGAAAUUGCCUUAGAAACUCAUGCCACAACUGCAAAGGUAGCCGAAGAGUCUCUGACAGCGGUUGCAGAUUCUGCCACAGAGGCUACACCUGAAGAGUUACUGCCGACAGAUACUGCCUCUAAGAACGCUGAGGUCACCACAGCAGAGGUUUCCAAAGAAGCAGAAGUCCUACCAAGUGACGUAAAUCCAACAGAAACUGCAGUAGAAACCAAAGCCACAGCCUCAGAGGGAUCAGAAAAAGCUCAGACUGCAGCUACAGAGAUUGCUGCCGAGGAGGCCGCGGAGGUUUCUAAGGAAGCAGAAGUCCUACCAACCCAGGAGGGUGACACUGUGGUUACAGAAGAUGUGAAACUGCCUGAAACUUCUGAGGCUGCUGUCAAGGAAACUGAGGCCAAAGCAACAGAGGCUGCAGCGCAGGUGGAGACUGAAGCCACUGGUGAGAAGGACUCGGUAGCUGGUCCCAGUAGUUCUCCACAAACCAGUGUUGAUGCAAAGAUGAAUGUGUCAGAACAGUGUGAGAAGUCAGCUGCCUCUGAGACUCCCAGCAAGGACGAAGCAAAGCCUGGUCAAGCUGCUGCUUCAGACAAACCGAGUGGAAAAGCCAGCGACAAAUAACACGGCACAUCUAGUCCAGCAAAGUGAUCACCUGGGAUCUUUGAUGCUAUGAUGUAAAUGAAGAGCUGCUGGAGUCCUUAAACCUCUGAGCCUGGAAGUCUGUCUUUUGUCUGCCCGCAUGUUUCUUAGUGUGUUACUGUAGAUGCCAAGGUGAAGGUCAUAGUUGGGUUACAGUCUGUAGGAUGCAGAAGUUUCAGUAAAAUGAUUUGUGAAACACUGGAA